UAAGAACGACAUUUGUCCAUUUAUCACAUAGAGUAACUCUAUGAUUUUUCAUUACUCAAAAAAUAAAAAUCAAAAGCUUAAAUACGUAUUGUUAUUUGUAUUAAUAAUUGUAUCAUUUUCUUCCUUCAUUUAUUUAGUAUUAAUGUCACCGAUUAAAAUAUAUAUUUUGUUAUAAGUGUAGAAUCAAAGCUUAUAUUUUUAAAUUUGUUUAGCUGAAGUAAUUUUAAACAUCCAACCGUAUUUCUCAUUAUGUCGUUAAACUUGCAGUCACACACUAUUAGUCAAAGAAAAAGUUUAAAGUUAAAAGGUACAAAAACAUCAGUGACUAAAUAUCAAAUUUUGAUUUCUACUAGAAUAGUAUCGUUGGACGCAGUUUUGGGCGGAGGUAUUCCUAUAGGCACUGUGGCUCUUGUUGAUGAAAACCAUAGCCGAAAUGCUGAAUUAAUUGCAAAACAUUUUAUAGCUGAAGGAGUUGUGUGUGACCAUUCUAUUUUGAUUGCUGAUGUCGAAAAGAAGCCAGAAGCAAAUGAUUUACCAAAACCAAUUCAAGAAGAGAGUUUUCAACCAACUGAUAUUAUUGCUGAGGAUUUUAAAAUAGCUUGGCGCUGUAGUCAACAUCCUAUAUAUGAUAAACCACAUCAUACAUCAAUAUCUUUUGGACAUACAUUUAAUAUGUCUGCUAAGAUUCCUGUUGAUGAAUUGAGGCGUUGACAUGGAAAAGGUACUAAGUCAAAAAAAAUCAAUUUUUCGUUUUUUCGUUGAAAAGGUACUAAAUACAUAUGCCAAUGGCCUGGAAAAAGAACUAACUCAAAUUUCUUUAAAUAUUAAUAAUUACGUUGAACACAAGAUGGCACUGGUUGUAAAUCAUACAAUAUGCUAAAAUCAGUUUUUUCCUUCUCCUGUAAAAUUUGGUUUUUAUGACUUAGUACCUUUUCCAUGUCAACGCCUCAAUUAUAAAACAUUAGGUAUUAGCCAGACGAAAAAUCACAAGGUACUCCUCUAACCUAUUUACAUAGUUUUAAUAUUUUUUUUUCACAAAACAUAUUUUCCACAGUACAGUAUUUUUUUUUUAUUAUUAUUAAUUAACCCGCGGCAACUUAAGCCAUUAAAUCCACAGCAUGGAAAUUAAUUAGUUUUAGUAAAAUAAACAAUUUAAUUGGUAUAAUAUAGAUUCGUCAAGCAUGCUCAUCCCAUUUGUUUUUCUUCAAUAAUAAUGUUAUUUAAAAUCUGAUUUUUUGGAAUUUUUAAAUAUACUUAAGGACAAGGCUAGGCAAGUUAAGUGUUUAUUUUUAACUCAUUAAGUUCAGUUAAUACAGAAAAAUAUAUGUUAAGUUAAAAGUUAAAAGUAACCUAACUGUUACUUUUUUUUUUCAUAUAAAAUUAACUAUAAAUUAUACUUACCUUUUUUUAAAUCUAAUAACAUAGUAAUUCGAAAAAGUCUUAUAAUUUGUAAAUAAACAUAUGUUUUAAAAUUAAUUACUGUAAGUGUACUUAUUUUAAAGUAUUAAAAAAAAAAAAAAGAAUUAUAUGUUCGUUAAUAAAGAUUAUUAUUAUUAUUAUAUAAUUUAAUCAAUAAUGAAAUCCAACUAAAUAAUAUUUUAAAAUUCUUGAAAUUGAUUUUUAUUACUAAAAAAGUAAUUUGGAGGUACAAACUUCUGUUUUUCAAAUGAGACGCCUCCCCCCCCCCCCCCUUUCAAAUUAUAAAUUAUUUAAUGGAUAUUUUUAAUAAAAAUUUGUUGAAAAAAUAGGGAGUGAGCAUGCUUGGUGAUUCACACCAUUUAUGUAUACAUUGUAAGUCAUUUGUGAGUAUUGAAAAAUGUUUUUGUUUCACCCUAGGUACCAGUUACUCCGAGCUACUAGAACAAAUAAAUACAAUAAUAACUAAAGGAGGUUUUAGUACAAAAAUUCUUGUUAAACAAAGACGUGUAUUAAGAAUAACCAUUAGUUAUUACUAAUUUGUAUUCACCAAUUUGGAUUCUAAUGAUCUAAACGUUGUACAUUUUUGUAUAAGCUUCGAAUUCUUGUAUGUUCUUCAUAUGCUACAUGCCGAGCUCAUGCAAUUGAUGAUGUGGUUAAAUGUCGAAUGGAACAUUUUGUGGAUACAGUACUAAUUUUAAAACCAAUGGAACUAAGUUCAUGUUCAGACUAUAAUGAGAAGCUUAUCAUUGGUAAAUUAUAUUUCUGUAGAUUGGGCUACAAAACUCACAAGAAAAAAAACUAUGCAUUGAGAAAUUACAUAUUCCUCCAUGCUUGAACAGUGGCGAUGAUAAUGAAAAUGUUCACACUAAGCAGUUGGUCAUGCGCUUCAACAAUUUCAGUAUUAAAUUUUUAGUUUGUUUAACCUGUUAUAAUUUAAUAAUAAUAAAUAUUUAUUGUACAUUUA